CCCUCAUGCAAGUGCUAGUAAUCCUGCAUGAUGAUUGUAAUUUCACUGAAACUUCUUUUAACAAUGUGUUUUGGCUCCUUAGGAGCUACAGAUCCCAAUAAAUUAACAGUCAUUCAGACACCAGUGAAAAUAAAUCUAUCAGUUGGAGACUACACUGAAAUCACCUGUAUUUGGGAAAAAUCUGUUGUGAGGUAUAGAAUAAGCUGGUAUCUUCUUAAUAAAGACAACAUCACCAAAACUGUAUCAUCAAACCUUUUCUAUGUAUCCAACGCCACCCAUAAAAGCAAGGAUGUGCUAGUGAUAAAAUCUGCCAAUGUAAAUGACACGGGAUUUUACUACUGCGAGAUAAUUAUUGAAAUACCUUUCUGUAAGAAAGUAUAUGGAAACGGGACAACAGUGAUUGUUGAAGAGAAAGAUGCAGAAGCUCACUCAUGGAAAAAGGGAGAUUUGGCAAUAUGGACCAUCAUUCCUUUCUUAGUGGCAGUGGGAGGCUUGUAUCUUUGCUACAGAAAGAAACAGCAUUCAAAACUUUCUGGAAGGCAUCAGGAGGAUCAGAUGCUUGAAGGUGCAGAACUUCGUGGGAGAAAUGAAUGCACCAAUGAAGCGUCUGAGGAAAACGUAUUGCAUAAUUCUGCUGAAUGGGCUGUGUCUACAAUUUAUGAAUCACUUGAUUCUUUUUUUUGCAAUGAAUCAAGAGGAAAAGAUGACAAAUCCACUGCGACUAUUAUAUCCAAUGCAGCAGAUGAACAAAUCCCACAAACUAGGGCAGCUGAAAAGUCUAGAAUGAGACAAGAAUCUGCCAUCUACUUUCAAGUUCAGAACUAAAAGGACAAUGUCAUAAACAAAAUAUGUCUAAAUAGCUAUGAAAUUGAAACAAUAUGGUAAUUUGCUGCUGAAGGAUGGAUUAUGCAGGUACCCUGUCAGAAACGUGUCAGCAGGACGAUAUACAAGAAAAAGGGUUGGUUCCAAGCAGUCUCUGAAUGUCUUGUCAUUAACAAAACACUGUAAGGAGUCCGAAUUUGAAGGGUACGUCAUUUUAGAAGACUGUCUUCAACUCUACCCCCUGCAUCCAGAAAUAAUAAAGGAUGUAUUAUCAUACUUUGAAAAAUCUUCUGGACUGAACAACAUUCUCCAACAAAAGCAUUUCUUCAGGCAGACCCUGUAUAAAUAGCAAAAGGUAGAGAAAAAUGCACACAAUGGUAAUCACUUCACCAAAUAGACAGUACUAC